UGAAAUUCCUCAGCCCAGGGUCCAGGGCGUUCUGCUCUUGAUCAGUACCUUUUGCUACUGCAACAUGGGCUACUGAGAUCUCGAAACUUGGCCUUAUUCAUCCUGCGCAGUUUCGCCAAUUGUGCUCCGGAACGACAAUGAGCUUCCGCGCGCAGCAGACGUCCUUGCUCUCCUUCUUCAAAGGGCAGGGAAAAGCAAUGACGGCGCAGAAGAGUUGCAUGCCUGCAACACUAAAAUCCAUGCCAGAAGCAGAGAAGAAGGGCUCUGGACACGACUGCAGCAAGCAACCUCCCACUCUCUGUGACAAGCAGCCAAGCACUGAGACUCAAGCUCCCUUUCAAAAAGAUACAUGUAGUCCAGGCUGUGAGGAGAUCCAACUUCAUGGUAGACUGCGCAUAGAAAAUGACGCUGGUGAGGUUGCACCAGCAAAUUGGCAUCAGGUUGAUGUCCAGAUCAGCGGUGCUCCGGCCCUGCCUCUAGCCAUGGAGCUUGGUCAUGGAUUGAAUCAUUGCCAAGAAAAGAUUCCUCAUGAGAUGGACCCCAAUAAAGUGCCUGAAAAACAGAAAGCGGCGGAGGCAAAGGAGCUCAGCAUUCAGGGCGCCAAACGAAAGCGGGUCGUGGUGCCAGGGCCGUCCCAGGAGCUUGAAACGGACUUGGAGCGCCACAGAGCCGAAAAGAUCCGAAAAAACGAGGAGUUCCUGGCAUCUCUAGGGAUUGAGUCCAACUUUCUUGCGUCAAAGAAGGCGCAGACUGGGGCAAAAGUGAAGCAGGCAAGAAAAGUGGCCCCUCCGGUGCAGAUGCCCGUCCGGAGAAGCACGCGGGCACGGGGGUUGGUGGCGGAUAGCGAUUCGGGUCUGGUGAUGUCAUCGCCGACGGCACCAAGGGUUGAGCCGGAAGAAGAGUUGGAACCGCUACACUACGACGAUUCGAGCGUAAGAAAGUACACGUGCAGAACGCAGUGGGAAGGGGCUACUGAAAAAUGCAGUGACUUGGGGGUUCAAGCGUUUGAUUCUCUCCAGCCAACAGGUGUUAGUUACUGUGACCCUUUAAUGACCAGAGUCUAUGCGUUAGUUGCGAGAGAGGGUUGCGGAGGAAGGUUACUGGCGGCAGGGGGGCACGCCGGUCGCUUGGCUGUGUUUGGUCUAAGAGAAGCCGCUGAGCUGGCGGCAAGUGACUGUGCAAGGGUUGAUACACGGGGAGAUGGUGACAUGGAGACUGCGCAUGGGGCAGCAGAGGAACCGCUUUUGGCGUGGAAGGGAGGGAACGGGUGGAUCUCAGCGGUGCAGUUCCUGACGCGGCAGCAGCAGGAGGGGGCCACUCUCCUGCUGACGAGCAGCAAUGAUCGGAGCGUGGUGCUUUGGGACAUUGACAAGACCUCAAACUCCACUGGAACUCCCCGCAUCGUGGCCGAGACCUCCAGCAUCCACAACAACGGCAUCUUUGGGAUGCACGAACUGGGUGGCAAAAUAGCCACCGCGUCAAAGGACAAGACGGUGGGCAUCACAGUGGUGACGGAAGCAGGCCUCGAGCCGGUGACAGUCCUCAGUGGGCAUCACUCUGCAGCAGUCAGGGCGAUUCACUUCAGGGACUCUCACCACCUGGCAGACGGCAGCGCGGACUGCAGCGUCGCCGUCUCCGACCUCCGCCUGGCAGACCCCGGCUCGCUCUGCAUCGAGAACGCGCACAACUCCGCGAUCAACGUCGUGCAGUGGCACCCGACCAACGAGCACCUGCUGAUGUCAGCGAGCCACGACCGGGGGAUCUGCCUGCACGACAUCCGCGCCACGCAGCAGCCCCUGUUCACAUUCGUGGGGCACCUCGGACCGACGCUAGCGCGGUCGAAGAGCAUUUACCGACCGUCAUUUCUAGGGGCGGGGAGGUAUCUCGCGUCGCCUGGGGAAGGAUCCCAGGCGAUCAGUCUGUAUGACGUGGCAUCGGGGAAGACGGUGAGCCGCGGGUGCCUGGGGUUUGAUGCCACCAUGACGAUGGCGGGUAAGAUGGGGCGGGACUUAUGGGUUGCGGCGCAGGGGGGACUUGUGCGGAAGUAUAAGGCGUCGUUGUCAGCUGCGGCCAUAUGAGGGAGACACAAGAGUUGCCAGCUUUGGAAGUUCUUCCUCCGCUUUCCACUUGACUCAUGUCCGGUACUUACAGGAUGACCAACAAGGCAAACUCAGGUUGCAUUCAAUGUGAAUGCGCAUCGACGACUGAUCAAGGUUAGGCGGAUGGCCGGCUACUUACACUUCCC